AAUUUUCAUUUUAUCUUUUUAUCAAUCAAAAUGAAUUUGAAUCUCUCCAUUAAGCUUAUAUCUACAAAAAAAAAAAAGCUCUCAAGCUUAUUUACCUAUGACAUAAAUCUUCAUCUCUGUCAUCCUGUGGUUUAUAACUCGGUUUCUCUUGUAGAAAGUAAAAAUGUAAAGAUUCAAGGACAGGGCUUAACUAGUGACAGAACGGUAAAAUGCUUAACCAAUGUUGAGGCAUUUUCACUCGACGCUAAAGACAUUGAAGAAGUCACAACUCAUUUUGCAAGAUUCUUGCGGAGCCCUCGCGUUCAACAAGUCAUAAGGUAUCAAUCACCUUAUUGGAGAUCACUUGCAGCAAACAGAAUUCAGGUUGCAUGGAGAAGCAGGAAGAAGCGUCUAAGACGAGCUAAUACCACACAAAAUUAUUAUCAAACAUUGAGGUCAUAGACUGUACUCUAAUGUUUGAUUCACUACACUUUACCAUGAACUCUAUUGUUUGUAAUCUCUAGUUCUCGGAAUAGAAUAGUGAUUUGUUUACAGGGAGUUAAAGUACACUACUAGAAAUUCCUUUUUUUUCUACGGAUUUUUCUAAGGAUUUAGGUGUUUAGGUAAUACCUUCGUGAGAUAUUGUUUUGGAACUUUUAUAUCCUCAAGUGAUUUCCUGUUGAAAUUAUCCACAGGAAAAGUGAAAAUAUCCCCAAGAAACUUUUGGUUGUUGAUCAUAGU